CUGUCGGGAAGCCGGGAUCCCCCGCCGCGCGCCAUGGAAGCCACUAACCUCUCGGUGGCCGCCACCGGCGUCGCCCUUCCCCAGGGCUCCGAAGCCUGCAGCAUGGGCCCGAGCCCCAGCGGGGUCGUUGGGUCGACGACCGCGGGCGAUUCCGCCCUGCCGGGCCGCGAGCCGCCUUUCUCCGUCUUCACGGUGCUGGUGGUGACGCUGCUGGUGCUGCUGAUCGCGGCCACUUUCCUGUGGAACCUGCUGGUUCUGGUCACCAUUCUGCGUGUCCGCGCCUUCCAUCGUGUGCCGCACAAUUUGGUGGCCUCGACGGCUGUGUCAGACGUGCUCGUGGCGGCGCUGGUGAUGCCCCUGAGCCUGGUGAGCGAGCUGUCGGCCGGGCGACGCUGGCGGUUGGGCCGGAGCCUGUGCCACGUGUGGAUCUCCUUCGACGUGCUGUGUUGCACCGCCAGCAUCUGGAACGUGGCGGCCAUCGCCCUGGACCGCUACUGGACCAUCACGCGCCACCUGCAGUACACGCUGCGCACCCGCCGCCGCGCCUCGGCGCUCAUGAUCGCGCUCACCUGGGCGCUCUCGGCGCUCAUCGCCCUAGCGCCGCUGCUCUUCGGCUGGGGUGAGGCGUACGAUGCGCGGCGCCAGCGCUGCCAGGUGAGCCAGGAGCCCUCCUACGCCGUCUUCUCCACCUGCGGCGCCUUCUACCUGCCGCUCGGCGUGGUGCUGUUCGUCUACUGGAAGAUCUACAAGGCGGCCAAGUUUCGUUUCGGCCGCCGCCGCCGGGCAGUGCUGCCGCUGCCCGCCCCCGUGCAGGUGAAGGAGGCCCCUCACGAGGCGGAGAUGGUGUUCACGGCGCGGCGCCCGGUGGUGGCCUUUCAGAUGAGCGGGGACUCGUGGCGGGAGCAGAAGGAGAAGCGGGCCGCCGUGAUGGUGGGCAUUCUCAUCGGCGUGUUUGUACUGUGCUGGAUCCCCUUCUUCCUGGCGGAGCUCAUCAGCCCCCUCUGUGCCUGCAGCCUGCCCCCCAUCUGGAAAAGCAUCUUCUUGUGGCUGGGCUACUCCAAUUCUUUCUUUAACCCCCUGAUUUACACAGCGUUUAACAAGAACUACAACAACGCCUUCAAGAGCCUCUUCAGCAAGCAGAGAUAAACCUAGGGCUCGGGAAGACACGUGGUAGGGCUGUGCGCAGGGAACUGGUAUCUCUGCCCGCUCCAGGCAUCUAGGAGACUUGCCCCAUAGCAGAGCCGUACCACGGCGUGAGCCGUACCAUGGGGCCUGGACUGUAGGAACAGCGAUGCCCACGGCUCUCUGGAAAGACUGCGCAUGUGUGGAAAGCGUGCCUGUAGGUCCUCUCCCGGGAUGUGUGGCAGACAUAGCUAAUCGAUCGUGGCACGUUUCUCCACAGAGCAGGAUGUCUGCCUCGGGAUCCUUUGCCGACAGCGCUCCAGUUACUGCUAACUGGUUGGAAUGGACAAAAGAGUCGAAGCUGACUUGCCUUUCCUUUAAUACCCUAUUUCUCCGAGGGGAUCCGUCUGCAUCGAGCCCCAGUGGCCCGCUUUGGGGCCCAAUAAAAAGUGUC